GCUACGGUUUCUUCCAACUUGGCGUCAUUGCUUUUUUGUUCAACUGAAAACGGACUUUGAAAUAUUAUUUAUUCGUGAAUUCUGGCAUUUCAACCAAGAAGUUCACCCCAUGAAAGACUGCCUGAUGUUCUGUACUCCUUAGCCACAAAGUUACUAUGGAUCAGCAAGGAGCAGAAUGUGACGUGUGUGGUGGCGGCCAUGAGACAGAGGUGUGCCCAGAGCUGGGACUGGAGGAGGCAGCGCCAGGAACUAGCAACGAAACAAAAGCCCGUCUGACUGUACCAAGCAGCUUGUUGGUGCAGACUUACACUGAUGGCAGUGUCGGCAUCUACACCAGAGAGAAUCUGCCCAGCAAAACUCAGUUUGGACCAUUUGAGGCUAGGCGGACAACGCAUGAGAUCGGGAAUGAGGACUUGUUUGUUCUCAAGAUCCUCUCAAAAGAAAAAGAUGGCAGUGCUGUAUGCCUGGACGCAAGUGACGAGAAUGAGUGUAACUGGAUGUGCCUGGUGGAGGUUGCCAGGACAGAGGAGGAACAGAACUGCAUGGCGUACCAGCUGGCAACCAACAUCUUCUUCAAUACCACCAAAGCUGUGGAGGCUGGAAGUCCACUCAAAGUGUGGUAUGCUUCCCACUAUGCCAAGAAGAUGGGCAAGUCACCCCAGCCUGAUGGCAGCACCAUAUCAAUGCUGGGACAGAAGCUGACAGUGCAAGAAGAGUCGGUGUUGGCCACACCAUCACCUUCCUCCCGCAGAAGUGUCAGGACACGGGUCUUGCCAGCACGAUCCAAGUCACAUACCAAUGAGAAAGGGGAUAUGGGUCAAAAUGAUGCCAUAGAAAAUUUCUUCUCUGAAGUGAAGCAGUCUCUGGAUGAGCGAGAGGAAGCCGAUGAGGACGAAGAUGGAGAACCUGCUAGUGCAGACUAUUUGGGGAUCUAUGGAUUUAAGUGUCAACGCUGUUCAAAAUCAUUUGAGGAUCAAAGCCAGCUGGCCUAUCACAUCCGAGAACAUAUCAUGCCCACAGUGGAAAAGAAAACAUUCAAGGGUGUGUAUACCUGUAAGAUUUGCAAGGUUGGCUUCCAGACAGUGAGUAACUACAAUCGACACAUGAAGAGACAUGUUGGCUACAAGGUUAAGUGUCCUCAGUGCAACUACUACACGUACAGGCCAGAUAUCCUUCAGACUCAUCUCAUGGGCCAACAUGGUGUCACCCUAGAGAAUGCGAAGACUCUAGCGGCAUCAAGUGAACUGCCUGCCAAUGGAGAUGAAGGUUCUCGGAAAACUUCAGGUAGGAAAGGUCGUCGGAGAAGAAGGAGGGAAGGAAAAGGAAGGUUGAAAGUGAGGAUGGAAGAUGUUGUUGAACCAGGGGAGGAGGGGGAGGAAGAAGCUGAGGAAAGCACACUGAAGUCCCCCGUGGCAGUGAGUCCUCGUGCAGUUAGUUCACACGAUGCUGCAGGGUUCUCCCCUACCCGAGUUCAGCCAAGACGUUCACUCAAAGGUAUCAGAACAACUGGAAACCUAAAGGGAAUCAAUCCAACUUCACUGUUUAAGAAACGGAAGAAUGAGUCUGAGUCUGAAGAAGAGGAGAGUCCAGCUAAAAGUCCAGUGAAGAUUCUCAUACCUGAAGUUAAGAAGAAGAGGGGGAGACCAAGGAAACAUCCAGUGGUAGAACCAGUUGUCGAGGCUGUAUCUCCAAUGCGGAGGAGAGGCAGACCAAGGAAGGAUGCUGAAGAGGUUCAUAAAGUGGCAGAGGAGGCUAUGGAGGAGGAAGAGGAAGAAAAUGCAGAGCCUGGAGAAAUAAUGAUAAACGAUCCUGCUGAAUCUGGGGUAAAAGGAGAGAAGGUGGAAGAGGUUGCUAGUCAGGAUGUCAAAAGUGAAAUUGUACCUGGUGAAGAAAAAUCUGCAGUUACAGCAGAAACCUUUGUGGAUGAGACGAAAGCUCUAGUUGAACCUGAACCACCGACAGAAUCUGAAAUACCAGCUGAAUCUGAAGCACCAGUGGAAUCUGAACCUGUGAAGGAUGAAGCAGAAAGGACUCUACCAACUGGAGAUGAGAAUGUUGAAGAGGACAAGGCCAACAUUGCAGAUGAUGCUGAGGAAAAGACAGAAGAGAAUCAGGAAGAGGAACCUGAUCAGGCUAAAGAGGAAGUAAUCAAACCAGUACCAAAGAGAAGAGGUCGACCUCCUAAACACGGCAGAGUCCGUAACAAUGAAGAAAUGAAAGAGCUAGAGAAACAAAUCCGCCAAGUGGGUAAUGCCUUCCAAUGUGGGGUUUGUGAGAAGAAGUUCUCCCAGAAGAAGUAUGUUAUGUUACACCUGCCCAAACAUACAACAAAAUUCAAGUGUGACGGUUGUGAAAAACAGUUUGCCAGAUACGAAUCCUAUCAAAACCACUCCUGUGUGCAUCAUCCUGUAAGUGAUGAUAUCAUUACUACAGACAAGAACGGAUGCUACUCCUGUGGAGAAUGUGGCAAAGUCUUCUCCAAACCAGAAUAUGUUAAACGCCAUUAUUCUGUUCAUUCUUCAUCCUGGGCUUGUGAAAAGUGCAAUAAAAAGUUUUCACGCCGACAUCUGCUGCUUGAUCAUGUGUGUCAGGCAGAAAAUGGAGAUGAAAUUGUUGACAAUCAUGAGUGUGAAAUCUGCAAACAGUGUUUCCGUAGUCUGAAGUAUUUGUAUCGCCACAUGGCUAUGCAUACAGAUAUCUUCAAAUGUCAGGGAUGUGACAAGACCUUCUCUAGAAAGGAUUCACUACAACGACAUGUUCUUAGAUGUAGGCCUGACCUGGCUGAUCAAUAUAAAAUCUAUGACUGCAAAAACUGUAAGAAAACAUUUGCAACCAAGCUUGGUCUGGAAAAUCACUAUCUCAACUGUGCCAACUAUAGCUGUGAGAAGUGUAGAGUGGCUUUCUUUAAAAUUGAACACUUGGAAAAACAUGUUUGUGAAGGCACUGUUGUUCAUGAUGGCGCUAGCGUGCAGUUCCCGUGUCAGGAAUGUGGAAAGACUUUUGCGAGUAUCAACUAUCUCCGUCGCCAUGAGGAAAGUCAUAAAGGUGCCUUCUCCUGUUCAAGAUGUGAUAAAUCUUUCAGUCGGAAAGAAGAGCAGAAGUUACAUGAACAUUUAUGCUUUGCUCAACAUCAUCUUGAGACAAAUACUGAAGUGGAGUGUAGCAUUUGUCAUUCAGUUUUUACAGAAGCAAAAGCCUAUCGAGAUCAUCACCAUGAACACUCUCAUCCAUUUAAGUGUGAAAAAUGUGGGAAAAGAUUCAUCAAAAUUGGCACCUUGACGACUCACACUUGUCAGGAAACUGUGGUAGAUGAAGAUAAUCCAUUUUCUUGUGACCUGUGCAUGAAAACCUUCCGCACUGAGAAAUAUCUGCAGAGGCAUCAAACCAUCCAUGAAAAGCCUCAGUUUGAGUGUGAGUAUUGCAACAAGGUUUUCUACCGCAAGGACUACCUGAAUAACCAUGUCUGUAAGCUGCCAGAUGGCACCACGGUGAGAAUUGUCAGGAAAAGGGAUAGAAUAUUCAUCAAAGAGAACUUGGUGUGCCAUCUCUGUGGGCGAACAUUUGUCAGCUCGAGCAAUCUGAACAAACACAUGAAAAUUCAUGGAGAGAAGCAGAAUGAAUGUCCUCAUUGUCAGAAGAAAUUCCAUUACCCAGCAUAUCUCCGAGAACACAUUAAGACAGUCCAUCAGCGUGCCUAUCAGUUCCAGUGUGCCGACUGUGGCAAGAUCCUGCACUCAAAGACUGGUCUGGCAGCUCAUCUAAAGCAGUUCCAUAGCAGACAGAUCCAGCUGUACCAGUGUGGGACGUGCCAGAAGACGUUCAGACAGAAGGGCAAUCUCAAGACUCACAUGUACUCUCAUACAAAGGAGAAGACGUUCAUGUGUGACUUCUGUCACAAGAUGUUCAAGUAUCCGGAUCAGCUGAAUCGCCAUCGUCUCGAACACACAAUGACAAACAAACUUAACUGUGAAUUUUGUGACAAGAAAUUUUGUCGUCCAUACCAGCUCAAGAAGCAUGUACAGACAUUCCACAGUGGUGUUGUGUACGUUUGUGAUAUUUGUAACGAGCGUUGUAGUCACAAGCACACCAUUGUCCGUCACUAUAAGCGUAAGCAUCCGGAAAUCAGCAGCGUGUUUGAUCAUCAACCUGAUUUCCUGACCCAGCUCCAGCAAGAACAUGCAGACAAUGAAGGGCAGGUUGACAUCAAACCAAACAUAGCCAGUAUUGUUCAGGCGAUCGACCACGUGGAGACAACAGUUGUGACGACUGAGGGGGCGGACGGAGAACAACAGUACACAGUGGCGGAGAUUCAGACUGAUGGGGACGGGUAUCUGCCGCAGGUGGCAGCAGAGGCAUUACAGAAUCUGUCCAACACCAUCAUUGCUUCUGAAGGGGAGGGAGGGACAUUGACCAUACCCCAUUCCAUUGAGGGACCCGAUGGUCAGCAGACAGUUGUAAUUUUACAGAUUGUGAACCCAGGAGAAGAAGAGACAUCCAUUCAGGAGAUACAAGAGAUUCAAGAGGUACAGGAAAUUCAGGAGAUACAAUGAAGAUAACAUAAAGAUACAGUGACUAUGAACCUUACUGCUGCUACAGAUACAGUGAAGACUUGACGUCGACCUCACUACUACUGCAGAUUCAGUGAAGACUUGGUGUGCACCUCACUACUACCGCAGAUUCAGUGAAGACUUGACGUCCACCUCAAUGCUGCUACAGAUACAGUAAAGACUUGACGUCCACCACAGAUACAGCGAAGACUUGACAUCCACCUCACUACUACCACAGAUUCAGUGAAGACUUGGUGUGCACCUCACUACUACCGCAGAUUCAGUGAAGACUUGACAUCCACCUCACUGCAGCUACAGAUACAGUAAAGACUUGACGUCCACCACAGAUACAGCGAAGACUUGACAUCCACCUCACUACUACCACAGAUACAGUGAAGACUUGAUUUCCACCACAGAUACAGUGAAGACUUGA